GUUCUCGAACUUGUUAACGAUUCGGGGUAGUGGGGUUGGGACGAGGUUCUGCCUCAGGCAAGCGAGCUGCCCCUCCGUUUGACCUUGACCUUUUGUCCCCUCCUUUUGACCUUGACCUUUUGUGUCCCCCCCCACAGUUGGGUCUAGACUCAAGGGGCGCCCGCGUCCUUUGGAGCCUGCGCGGUCUGGCAGCCGCGUUGUGAUAAAAGGUGAAGCAGCCAUCUGGGCAUCAUGAGCUCCAAGAUGGUCGUGGGGGAACCGAGGCUGGACUGGGAUAUCUCCCCCAAAAAUGGCCUUACGACAUUUUUCUCUCGAGAAAAUUAUAGAGAUUAUUCCAUGGCUCCAACCUUAAAAGAACUAUGCGUUUUAUCUAACAGACGUAUAGGAGAAAACUUGAAUGCCUCAGCAAGUGCUGUGGAAAGUGAGCCGGCAGUUCCUUCAACAGCCCAAGCGAAGGAAAAAGCUAAAACCACCGUUGGAAUGGUUCUCCUUCCAAAGCCAAGAGUUCCCUACCCUCGUUUCUCUCGUUUCUCACAGAGAGAGCAGAGGAGUUAUGUGGAUUUGUUGGUUAAAUAUGCCAAGAUUCCUGCCAAUUCCAAAGAUGUUGCAAUAAGUAAAAAUGACUAUUUGCAAUAUCUGGAUAUGAAAAAGAAUGUGGAUGAAGAAGUUACUGAAUUUUUAAAGUUUCUGCAGAAUUCUGCAAAGAAAUGUGCACAAGAUUAUAACAUUCUUACUGAAGACUCUCGUCUCUUUACUGAGCAAAUUUUAAAAGCUUGCACUGAGCAAGUGAAAAAAUAUCCAGAAUUGUAUACUCUGCAUGAAGUGACCAGCAUAAUGGGAUUCUUCCCAUUCAAAACAGAGAUGGGAUUAAAGUUAGAAAAGACUCUUCUUGCGCUGGGCAAUGUAAAAUAUGUGAAAACAGUAUUUCCCUCAAUGCCUGCAAAGCUGCAGCUAACAAAAGAGAACAUGGCUUCCAUUGAAACGCCAGAGCAGAUUGCUACAGCUAUGCACGAUGAUAUCAGUAAAGAUCCCAAUGCAGAGAAACUUGUUUCAAGAUAUCACCCACAAAUCGUUCUAACUAGUCAAUCAUUAUUUACCUUAUUAAAUAAUUACGGACCAAGUUAUAAGGAACAGUGGGAAAUUCCUGUGUGUGUUCAGCUAAUACCUGCUGCAGGAUCAAAACCAGUUAAAGUAAUUUAUAUUAAUUCACCACUUCCUCAAAAGAAAAUGACAAUGAGAGAAAGAAAUCAAAUCUUUCAUGAAGUUCCAUUAAAAUUCAUGAUGUCCAAAAACUCAUCAGCUCCAGUGUCUGCAGUCUUCAUGGACAAACCUGAAGAGUGGCCAGCCGACGCAGCUAUGCCUCGUGAAGUUAAUGAGUACCGGAACAUUGAAAAUCCUGGCAGUGUGGAUCUGGAUUUUGAUGAUGAUGUCACAGAACUUGAAACUUUUGGAGUAACCACCCUCAGAUCAUCAGAGCCCCCAAGUCCAACCAGUGCUUCCACAGUCACGAACAGGACGGAUUUUUCCACGCUCCUCAAGGUGGCACCAGCACCUGUGGCACCAGCCCCUGCAGACGUCUCUGCAUAUUCCAGAAGUUUAUCUCAGAUUCUCAUGGAACAGUUGCAGAAGGAGAAGCAAUUGGUGACUGGUGCAGAUGGGGCCCCUGAACAGAGCAGGAAGGAUGGUGAUCAGGGAAUUGGACCACGUGGUGCUAAAAUACCAACUUCUGACAAGUCUUUGAUGCAAGAAAGUGAAUUGAAAACAUCUGCCACCUUGCAAUUAGAAAGUCCUCAGACUAAGGAAAUUGAAACCGUUGGUAAAAAUGGCAUGGCACCUGAUGAAGUCAGUGCUGACGAAAGAUUCAAUGUCGUCGAGAAUGCAGGCAGUUCAGAGGAAAAGAUGAUUACAUCAGAAGCAGAUAAGAUUGACGAUGCAAUUCGUAGCAGUAGUGAUACAGAUGAAGACUGUUUAGUCAUUGAUACGGAGUGUAGAAAUAAUAGUAAUGAGAAAACAGCUAUUGUGAGUUCUAAUGUAAGUUCUAAACCAGCUAGCACAAGUCCUUCCUCAGGGCAAGCUUCUGCAGCUAACUGGACUAAUACUACUUCUAGUCCCGAAGAGUCGUGUAUUUUAAAAAAACCUAUCAAACGAGUGUAUAAGAAGUUUGAUCCAGUUGGGGAAAUUUUAAAAAUGCAAGAUGAACUCUUGAAACCUGUUUCUAGAAAAAUACACCAGUUGCCUUUAAUGGAUUUAGAAAAUCCUACUGAGCCGCCUGCUCCCGAGCAACCCUGUGGUCCUUCAGCUGGUGCCUCCAGUUGGCCAAAGUCUCUGUGGCCAUCUGCGUUUCAGAAGCCAAAAGGACGAUUGCCAUAUGAACUUCAGGACUAUGUUGAAGAUACAUCAGAAUACAUAGCCCCUAAGGAAGGAAAUUUUGUGUAUAAGUUAUUUAGUCUUCAAGACCUGUUGUUACUGGUGCGUUGCAGUGUCCAGAGGAUAGAGACAAGACCACGUUCUAAAAAACGGAAGAAAAUCAGAAGACAGUUUCCAGUGUAUGUGCUACCAAAGGUGGAGUAUCAAGCUUGUUACGGAGCUGAAGCGCUGACUGAAAGUGAACUUUGUCGUUUAUGGACUGAAAGUUUAUUGCAUUCCAACUGCUCAUUUUAUGUUGGGCAUAUUGACGCAUUUACUUCAAAACUCUUCCUGCUUGAGGAAAUUACCUCCGAAGAAUUAAAAGAAAAGUUAUCAGCUCUCAAGAUCUCAAGUUUAUUUAACAUCCUUCAACACAUCCUAAAGAAAUUAAGUAGCUUGCAGGAGGGUUCCUACCUGUUGUCUCAUGCAGCAGAAGAUUCUUCGCUGUUGAUCUACAAGACCUCUGAUGGAAAAGUUACUCGUACUGCAUAUAAUUUGUACAAAGCCCACACUGACCUGCCUGCUGUACCAUCCAGUCUCUCGGUUCCCUGGGUCCCAUUAGAACCCAGUCUCCUGUUACCCUAUCAUAUUCAUCAUGGAAGAAUACCUUGUACUUUUCCACCUAAAUCAGUAAGUCAUAAAGCACAGCAAAAGUUUGGUGGAACAAGAAUGCUUACUCGUAGCCUCAGGAAUCCAGUUUCCAUGGAAACCAGAAGCAGUUGCUUGUCUGCUCAGCAAGUUGAAAAUGAAGGAGUGGCUACAAAUAAAAGGAAAAUAACUUAAGGGCUGUUCUGCUGAAAUGAAAUCCCGGGAAACAGCUGUGGCGAUGUUAAAUUUGGAAAAGGUUGUGGGAGGAAUAUGCCUAAACUAUCAGUGGGCCUGCGGACAGUUUCCAUUUCAGUGACCUCGACAUUCCCAGAGUGCCUUGAGAAAGGGUGUGGGCCAUGUGAAUGAGAAGGGAACGCCAGUCAGCCCUCAACUCCGACGCUGGGGGGAGUCUCCAGGUGUUUUAACAUUGUGGCAGGGAAUCAAUGGACAAGAAACUCUAGAGUAGACCUCUUCUAAACGUUGCAAAUAGUAGACAAACCUGCUAUUUUAAAGAACAAAGUUUACCAUUAGAGAUUAUGCUAAUAAUUACGUUAUACCUCCAUUCUGUUGAGAAUGGAUUAAAAGGUUAAAUCUGGCCAAUGGCAGAUAACUUUGAACAGUGUCAACCCUUCCUGACCCUUAGUGAUCGUUUUUUAUAGGCCACUUUAAAAUGAGGGUUGCUGCAGAUUAAUAAAGUUAAAAACUAACAAAAACACUUAGUGAACAUCUAUUACAGAGCCCCAAACAGGACUUUUUCCAGUCUGCCUCUGAAUAGUCGCAUGUUGUAUCUUAGCCAAAAGGCCGAGAAGCCAUGCACGUUGUGUUUUCUUGUUGUGCACUCAGUUUGCUUUCAAAGACGAAAAAGAGUGGUGUGACAGGUUUGGCUAUGAGUGUGUACCUCUAUGCACAAGAGUGUGAGCAAAGCAAGGGGGUUGUUUUCCAGAAAAAGCCUAUUGUGCCCACUGAAAUAGUUAAUGUGUGGUCCAAACAUAAGCUAUAUUUUCUCACCUGGACUCGUUCAUAAAAAUUUUCCAGGACCAUAUUUUAAAGAGAGUACUGUGAAAGGGGGCAUGAUCAGGUGAUGUAGCUGUGAUCCGCUUGGACUUAAGACGGAACAAAAUCUAAAAUUUUUAUACCCCGGUUGUUUAAUGUGCACUAAAUAUUUCAGAAAUGAAUGUCACCUGUAAAACAAGCUUCCUUACCGAAGGCAAUAUUUUUUUCUUUUUUAGAAUUUUGAAAAUGUGCUUUAUAUUAGCAUAAGUAACUAGGUCUUUAAAAGUCAUUAACUGUUAUAAUCUUUUAUCUUCAACUACUAAGUUGUGGUUUUUUAGUUGAGUAUAAAACGUUCUUCAUUGUUUAAGUGAUUAGGAUUUGGCUUUUGUUAUUUUAGUGGAACUUUAUUUCAGUCACAUUUGCACAUAUCCCAUAAUAUUUCCGUCGUGAACCAUGUGGCACUGAGCCAAGGGAGCGGCAGGAAUUCCCUUGGAAUUUCCUCUUUUUAAAAAGCUGAACGACUAUUGCUUGACUUCUGAAUACCAGAAAGACUUGACUUCUACUUUUUAAAUCGUAUUUUUCACAUAGUAAAAUGUAUGGCCUUACAAGUGAUGACUUUAAAAAUUAUAUUAGCCAUACAUUUAAAUUACAUUAGCCAUACAGGGUCACUGAGUUGGAAUUGACCUGAUGGGAGUGAGUGAGUUUGUUUUUUGUUUUUGAUAAUAUAGAGUUAAUCUACUUGUGCAUAAUCAAAAUUUUAAUAUAUAAUUGAACUUGUCCUAUAUAUUUUUUUGUUUUAGUAUUGACAGCACAUAAUUAAAACUAUUUCUUUAAAAAAAAAAAACAGAUGGUUAAGCCCUACCUGUAGUGUCAAGGGUACAAUGAACCUGGGAACUUACUCUCCAUUGACUAAGGGGAAAUUUAUAUGCACUGGAAAACAAUUUGAUCAGUGUGCAUUUUAUACUAUGCAAUCUAAAGUACAUCUCUACUGUUAACUCUUGCAUAAAAUUCUUUUGCAUACCACAGCAUUUGACUUAUUCACUGUCUUGAAUACACUGGAAGCUCGACAAGGGCAAAAGCAUGUUAACUGUGUUUAUUCCAUUUUAUCGCAGUCCCUAGUGUACUGCCUGUCGUGUAGUUGCUCAUAACAUGUAAGUCAAAUGCAUGAAUAAACAUGUAGAUAUAAAGAAGGCAUAAGUUUGAUAGUAAACAACAUCAAUCUAUGCACUCAGUGCUCUAGUAAAGUAUUAUAGCAAACACAUCUAACCUAAACCUGAUAAUUACGGAGAGUUUCCUAAGACACAGAGUUAUGAGGGAAGAAUGAAGGGUGUUCUACAAAGAAAAGGAGCAUCAAAUGCAAGGCUGAAAGGUGGCCAGACUUGCGUGUGAGUUGAGACGAGAGAGGAAGCUAUGGGACAAGGACAAGCGUGCCAGGCUGAGACAUGGUAAUUUUGUCCUAAGCCACGCGGAACCAAUGAUGGUUGCUCUCAGGCGUUAUCAAGCCCCCUGACUUAGAGCCCCCGCGGUGCAGCACAGUGAAGCACUGCCGGCCUGCCCGUCCCCAGUGAUGGCUGUGGGAGCCUAUUGUGGGAGCCACUGGGUCAGUGCAUCGCAGUCCAGGUCUUCCUCUUCUACUGUGUCUCCACUCUGCCAGCAUGACGUCCUUCUGCAAGGACUGGACCGUCCUGAUAACCGGUCCAACUGGGUGAGAUGAAAGCUUGCCAUCCUAACUCCUCAGGAGCAUUCUGACUGCCUUCUGCCAAGACAGCUGGUGUGUAAUGGAGCUUAAUAAAAUCACAUGUAUAUUUGCAGAA